AUGGAUUAUAAGGACUGGAGCCGUAGCCGAUGGCGCACAUCAUAUCGAGUGGAUGUGGAAUUGCUCCAGCAGCAACCGCAGUUUAGUUUCGAUGCCGUGCCGAUAACGUGCUGCAUGCAGUUAGCGGGUGCUUCACCAAUGAAUCCUGUUGCAAGAAGCCUGGCACGAUGUCAGCAACCUCAAGCAAAUAAGCUCUGGCGGCAUCAAACGCAGCAAUGUUGCGGUGGCACUGGCCCUCGUGACUACCAGCAAUCGUUUUGGUAUAAGACCAACACGGAGCGUGGCACAAUUUCGUUUGUACCUCAGUCAUGUUGCAAGCAAAUUCAGGAGGCACGGAGUUGGUCCCUGCAACCAGUUGAUCCCAUGUGCACCACCUACGAUUAUUACAGCUCCGCUUUCAACAGUUCUGUAAGUUAUUCUGCAUCAGGUCUCUCGUCAAGCUUCGCAGCCUUCAAAAUGCUGACGAAAUUUUAUCCGAAACGCUAUCUUACAUGA